AAGUCAAUACCUAAGAUGAGAAGACAUUUUCAUCUUCCUUUCUCUUGAAUGUGAAAGAAACACAAAGAUAAAACCAAUUCAUCUUCUAAAUUGUCAAAAACCUAAAUUCUAUGAACAUUUCAGUUCUCACUUGCCCUUACAAAUUUCUCUUGAUCUUAGUUCCUUGUACUCCAAGCAACAAUACCAUUUUUCAUUAAUGGCCAAGAAGAAACAUAGAAAGCUCUACCCUAUGUUAGCAUCAGAGACAAACAAAACAUUAGAUUGCUCAAUAGGAAUCUGCGACCCGAUUUGCCCUUAUAACUGCUACCAAGAACCAGAUUACUACACCAUAUCUCCACAGCUACCUCCAUGGUCAUCUCAACAGCCCAUCAGAUCACCAUCUCCAUCAAUCUCAGCCGUGUACCAACCAUCUCAUGACUCUUCAUCUUCCUUAGGCGCUAUAACCAUCGUCACCGUCACAGGUGCGGUCUUAGCCAUCCUUCUAACCGGUUUCUUUCUUGUAGCCAAAUACGUUACAAAGAGCGUAACCCGAGUCAACCUUGAGAGCUAUCAGUCCCAGAGAGAUGGCCACGACGGUGCAAUAGAUGAAGAGUUCCAAGACACGGGACAAGUAGACCACCCGAUCUGGUUGAUCAGGACAACAGGGCUGCAACAAUCUAUCAUAAACUCGAUCACGAUCUGUAGUUACAAGAGAGGAGAUGGGUUGAUAGAGAGAACAGACUGCCCUGUCUGUUUAAACGAGUUUGAAGAAGACGAGAGUCUUAGGUUGUUGCCUAAAUGCAACCACGCGUUUCACAUCUCUUGUAUCGACACGUGGCUUACGUCUCAUACGAACUGUCCUCUGUGUCGAGCUGGUAUAGCUAUCAUCAGUACUCCACGGUGUUCUGGUCCGGUGGAUGUAACUCCCGGAGGGUCAGGGUCUCGGGAUGUGGUUGAUGAAGAACGUGGAGAGGUCGAGGAUGAUGAAUCUGGAUCUAAAGAGACGUUGAGUUCAAGUUACACGGAUCAGGAUUCAGAUGUAAGGAUUGAAAUAUAUGGAGGUGUGAACGAGGUUAACGACGGUGGUGGGCUCGAAACAGAGGAGAGUGAGCAAGUUUUGGUUCCGGGAAAAGAGAACAGAGACAUGGGAGAAGAAGCAAGCUGCUCUGUAGAAAACAAUGGUGACAAUGAGGAGCCAAACGGAGAAGAAACGGAAGAUACAGUGAAGAGCAUGUCGUUGAAGACAGCAGGAAGCUCAUGCUUCAGUUCAAACAAGAGUUCGGUCUUCCCUGUGUAGGAAAGUCUCAUACUACCAAACCAUUUUUCGAAUACAUAAAGACGAGAACAUAAACAACAAUGCGCAAGUGUAUAUGUAAGUCCAUGUAGAAAAAGGCAAAUAAACAGACUUGUUUUCUU